AUGGGAAAACAGGUGCCACCGAGUGCAGUUGGUCGCACUAAAGAGGAGUGCGCUAUUUUGUGCAUAAAUGAAGUGAUUCGCGCCUUAGCUGCUGCCGUUCAUGCCGGAAAAGAUGUGGAUUUGAACAAGUUGAAGACAACGAUUGCCGGAAAAUAUGGACUGGCCAAGUCCCCGCGUCUUGUGGACAUAAUCGCUGCUGUUCCGCCUGAUCUGAAAGAAACUCUGGUGCCCAGAUUAAAGGCGAAACCAGUGCGAACAGCCAGUGGAAUCGCAGUUGUCGCUGUCAUGUGUAAACCGCAUCGUUGUCCACACAUCAACAUGACUGGCAACAUUUGCGUCUAUUGUCCCGGAGGACCAGACUCGGACUUUGAAUACUCCACGCAAUCCUACACCGGAGUGCAAAGGGACAUACCGAUGCCUCUGGUGACGUCGGGUGUUGAGCACGGGAACCUUAGAGAAUUGGCCCUGGCCAGAAUGAAGGACCUCGGACUCAAGUGUCGGGACGUGAGGACACGCGAGGUCGGGAUUCAAGCCAUUCACGAAAAGUCGCUGAUGAAAAUCUUGUUGGAGGUUUCGUGA